GUUUUGUAUCCUAACCCAACUCCAAAACAAAACCUAAUAUGAUAAAGAGGAGGAACAGAACAAGUAAAAGCGAACCAUUUGGGUUAGAACCCGAAGAAGGUCGAUGGAGGAAGACGGGAAGAAAGGGCCGGAAGGUCUUGCUCUUGAUAUGGCGAAUCGGCACGGCAACUUAAGAAGGGUGUCAACCGAUGAAGCCCACCUCAACAUUCUCCGCCACAUCACUUCUUCCCGGGCUCCAGCGGUGAUCAACUAUGGCGCGUCAUGGUACCCUUCGUCGUCUUCUUCUUAUUCAUCUGCAUCCCCUUUUUAGGAAGCCAAUUUUCUUGUAUAUCUUUUGCUUGCUGUAACAGGGCGCACGCAAGGUGUUCGAUGUGCAGCUCCUGUAGCCAGAUACUCCCUGCGUUUCUCCGGCUGAGCGACCACUUCCCCAAGCUUUCCUUCGUCUAUGCCGAUAUCGACGAGUGCCCCGAAACAACCAACAACAUUCGCUUCGCACCAUCCUUCCAUUUCUAUCGCGACGGAGAAAAGGUCGACGAGAUUAUUGGUGCAGGAGAAGAGCGCCUCCACGAUCGUUUGUGGUUGCAUUCUUGAUGUGUGAAGAGCAACAACAAAAACAAACCCAUUAUUGUACUAGUUAUCAAUGUUUCAUUCCAAUCGCCAAGACACGUGAUUUACUGAUUUAUGUUUUAGUUAAUUGGGGUUCGCAGUUCCUUCCUUGUCUUGUCUUCCCCCCUCCUUUCUUUUGCCUCGAGUAAUAAAG